UUACUCGUACUCACAGCGUACUUACUCUAAAUCCGCCCUUUCGAGAUCACACUACCCAGCAUGCAAAGCGGCUCGUCGGUGUAUUUAUGAAGUAACAAAAAUGGCUGGCGACAUUUGGGAAUUUAGUUGUGGAUGGUCGACCUGUUGCUUCCUUUUAUUAGCUGUCUUCCAUACGAGUCAAGGAUAUCACUGUCACCCAGAUUGGUGUAACUACAAUGAAUAUUGCUGUGGGGAUGAUGUUUGCUGUGAUUACCUGGUUGGCUAUUGGUAUUACUGGCUUAUUGGUGGUAUAGUGAUAUUCUCUACAAUAAUGCUUUGCUACUGGGUGCGUUACAGAAGGAAUCAUUCAGUUGAGUGUACCCUUGGAAAGCCGCUCACUGGGAGGUAUAUCACAUAUGGAAUGACAGAUUAUGGGAAGCCAAAAUACCACCCUCAGCAGCCACCAGGAUAUGUCUACCCUAGGGGCCCCACAGAAAUGCGGUACAUCUCUACAGAUGCCAAGGGAACAAUUCCAUUGUUGCGCGAGGAGGAAAGGAUCCAGAGAGGUGCAGCUAGGGAUGGCCAUCCUCCUUAUGAGAGGAAAACUCCAACAGCUCCUCCCUAUGGGGAUUAAAAUGUUAGUAAAGUAAUUAUUUAUUUUGAUUGGAUAGGUUAUUAGAUAAUAUUAUAACAGUGGUACCACCUCUCUCAAAUACUGUUGUAGAAGUGUCUGUGCCAUGCGCCAGGGGUAAUGAAAAUAAUAUAAUUAUAGCAUGUAUACACUCAAUUCUUAUAAUGCUGCACUCAAGAUGCUUAUGUAUGUGAUACCAAUAAAGUAAUGUGGGUUACAA